AUGUCCACAUCUUCGCCUAUCGAACCCCGUGGCUCCCCCGCACCCUCAUCUCCACGCCCUUCCCCCCAAAGCUCCGGUCAUGUAAGUAGGCAAAACCAUGCCAAUAUGAGAACCAACAGACAUGAGCCCUACACCUCCGAAGAUCCAGCUACGCCGAAUCGCACAGGCACUGCGCCGAUCCCAGAUGAGAACCAUGGCGCCGAUUUGCCCUUGACGAUGACUGCAUCUGUGAUUCUGACUAGUUUACCAAAAGAUGCACACCAGGCUCUAGCAGAUGUAGAGGCAAUUGAUGCUGGAAAAGUUACUGUUCGUUUCCAACCCCUGCCUUCAGCGCCAAUCCUAAGAACCCGUGUCUUCAAAAUCAGCGCCUCUCAAAAAUUCGAAACUGUAGUCCGAUUUCUUCGUAAAAAGUUAGAUUGCAAGGAAUCGGAUUCGGUAUUUUGCUAUGUAAACAGCGUAUUUGCUCCUGGGUUGGAUGAAAGUGUUGGUGGGCUUUGGAGAUGUUUUAAAACAGAUGAUCAGCUGAUUGUUUCUUAUUCUAUGGCUCCAGCCUUUGGAUGA